AUGGAAGGCGGUGAAGCUGACCUCAAGCUUGAGCUCAGGCAGCUCUGGCACGCGUCACUGAUCAACCCCCAUCAUCUCAUCCUCUCGGACCCUCCUUCCUCAUUUCUUUCCUUUGCUUCUCUUAAUCUAGCUAUAAAAUACUUGAAGAUCCGCCGUCAUGUCUGCGCCUACGAUAGACAUAUCACUAUCUUCUCUGACCAGGGUCGAUUGUACCAAGUUGAAUAUGCAUUCAAGGCCAUCACUUCGGCCAACAUCACCUCCAUCGGUGUGAGGGGCAAGGACUGUGCCGUGGUGCUCUCGCAGAAGAAAGUCGCUGACAAAUUGAUCGACCCUUCCUCCGUUUCACAUGUUUUCCGGAUCUCGCCUUCCGUAGGCUGCGUGAUGACCGGCUCCAUAGCAGAUGCUCGCGCAUCUGUCGACCGGGCCCGUGGUGAGGCUGCUGAGUUCCGGUACAAGUUCGGAUAUGAGAUGCCGUGCGAUGUCCUGGCUAAGCGUCUGGCAAAUAUCAACCAAGUCUACACACAAAGGGCUUACAUGCGACCACUUGGCGUGGCUACGACCCUGAUCUCCGUCGAUGAUGAGAGCGGCCCGCAGCUCUACAAGUGUGACCCAGCCGGUUACUACGUUGGGUACAAGGCAACAGCAUCCGGCCCCAAGCAGCAGGAGGCGUUGAACUACCUGGAGAAGAAGCUGAAGAACAAGGAUGCGGCCGCGGGUAGUUGGGAGGAGGUUGUGGAGCUGGGCAUUACAGCUCUCAGCAAUGUGCUAAGUGUUGACUUCAAGAAGCACGAAAUUGAGAUUGGUAUCGUUGGUGGGCCGCGGGUCGAUGGCGAGGAGGGAACCACUACAGCAUUCCGUGCCCUGACGGAAGAGGAGAUUGAUGAACGGCUGCAGGCCAUAGCCGAGAAGGACUGA